AUGGUCUCCUACUUUGAUGAUGUUCAUCACACGACGGUUGAAAGCUUAACAAGGAUUUGUCUGGGCAACAGGACGGUGCGCCGAGUACCUUCUCGUACAAAUCUACAGUCACAGCUUCUGUUGCCAUCAGUCGAAAUGAUAGGAUCACAGACAGGAUUUUUGCCCCUGAAGGGGAAUCUCUCGGCUACAGGGGGUCAAGGGAUGGUGCCGUUUCGGCGUAAUUUGUCGGCUUACCGUCUGUUCGAGUUGCGCCACAUCACCCUCCUGCAGCGAGUCGUCUGGGCCAGGAAAAUCCUCGGACACGUGCGGCUACAAGUGGUCGUUGACAGUCUGCGCGACGGCCUGCCCACUCUUUCGCUUCAGCGCCUUUGGAAAUUAAUUUGGACACUGUUUUGCGCCAAGACGUCUGGCCACCUCCCGGUCUGUGGUGCACCAACACCUGCCGGACUCGUCAUCGCGCAACCAUCUGACUCCACAUGUUCCGUCAACUCUACCGAGUUCCUCUUUGAGCCAAACAGACCCGCCCACUCUUGUCCCACUUGCAGACCGCCUCCCGGGCUCCACUCAACUCGGCCUUACAACCGCCCAGCUGCCCUGCGUCAGCAUUGCCAUGUGGGAUUUUUCAGUCUCGAUGCUGUUGCCAAUUCUUCGGCUGACACCGAAGCUUCCACAUAG